AUGAGUAUAUCCACGCUUUCUCGCCCUAAGGUACGAACAGCCCUUAUUAGUGGGCCUUACGGUGUCAGUAUUCCCAUUAUCAACUUCGACACCAUUUUAAUGGUAGCAAGUGGAUAUGGUAUAGCAGCGCAAAUGCCAUAUCUUGAAAAGCUGCUCGCUAGCGGUAAAGGUCCACUAGCGUAUAAUAUUCAUGUUGUAUGGCUUAUUUCAACUCUUGAUAUACUUAAUUCAGCUGCAAAUUGCUCCCUAAAUCGCCUUUUGGAGGAGGAUUUACAACGCGUAUUGUUAAUUUCAAUUUAUUCGAAUUCGAAUGAGGUUCAUUAUAGUAGGUAUGGUGAGCGCGCAGCAUCAUUCAAAGGAGAUCCUGAUUUCAGUAAAAUUAUAAGUGGUGAGAUAAACGAGAACUUCUUUACAAAGGGAAGCAACUUUGGAGAAACUGGCAAAAUGCUCGUUUUAGUUUCCGCAAAUGAGAAAUGCAAAAGCCGCUUGAAAAGGGGCUUACGUGAAAGUUUGAAUAAAAACCAAAAGCUUUCGCUUUUAGGAGGCGAUACCCAGAGGCCCCUCACUGGCGGGCCGGUUCUCGGUGGUAGUGGCACUGGGUGCCUCAAAGCACUGCUGUUGUGGCGUGGCGCCUGGGGAGUCGCUGGGCCACCGUGGCGACUGAUCAGGCAGGGGGCCCGUGCACUGGACCAACGGUUGGAGAAAACACUGCACGUGGGAAUGGGUGCAACGCACCCAAUCCCUGCUAUUGCAAAGUGGAAGGGAUGGCACAGUAGGCUUCUAUUAAAGGAUGAAUCUGUUCGCGGACAGCCCGUUAGGGUUCGGUGGGAAAAGCUUCUAGUUGCAAUGCAAAAUAUCUAA